CACAGAUACAGCAGACAGACAACUGAAACAUACCACAGGAACGUUCUGUACUCUCGACAUCGCGGUGGUGUUAUUUUAGAUAUUGUAAAACUUAAUCUACUGAAACCGAAGAGAACUGACCAGGACCUUUUCUGUUUCAUCUACGCACUGAGAAGAAGACGUGUCCUCGGAUAAGAGCGAUAAGCCAAAGAGGGAGCCAGAGAGGGAGGAGCAGCCCGACGACAGCAUCAUGCCUCCCAAGUUCAAACGGCACCUCAACGACGACGAGGUCACAGGCUCCGUACGCAGCGAGAGGAGAAACCUAUUAGAGGAAGACUCGGAUGAAGAGGAGGACUUUUUCCUGAGAGGACCCACAGGACCACGGUUUGGGCCUAAAAAUGACAAAAUCAAACAGGUGCAGUCGCAGGUUGAUGAGGUCAUCGAUGUGAUGCAGGAGAACAUCUCCAAGGUGAUCGAGAGGGGAGAACGCCUGGACGACCUGCAGGAUAAAUCAGAGUCCUUGUCUGAUAACGCCUCCGCCUUCAGCAGUCGUGCCAAGCAGCUGCACCGGAGGAUGUGGUGGAGAGACGUCAAGAUGAAGGCGGUGAUCGCCCUGGUGGUGCUGGUGCUGCUGCUCAUCAUUAUCGUUCCUGUGAUCCUGAGGUAUCGCUAGAGACUCCUGGAGGCUGUGGAGCCUGACGCAGCUCUUCCUCCUCCUCCUCUUCCUCUCUAUUCCUCCUGUUCCUCUUCCUCCUCCUGCUGUCCUCCUCCUCCUCCUCAUAUCUCCUCCACCUACUCCUCUCUCCCUAUUCCUCCUCUUCCUCCUGCUCCUUUUCCACCUCCUCCUCUUAUCCCCUCCUCUUCCUCUCUAUUCCUCCUCUUCCUCUUCCUCCUCCUCCUCUUCCUCCUUCUCUCCCCCUGGCCUCCUCCUCCUCCUCGUAUCUCCUCCAUCUACUCCUCUCCCCCUCUUCCUCCUCCUCCUCCUGCUGCUGCUGCCUGUUCUCAUUCCUUCACACCAGCGCGGGGCGCUAGAGCGCUGCACCUGACCUGACCGCCGAGCCCCACCUGCUGCCCACCUGACGCCCUGCUGCCUCGGAACAGCCAGCCAGCGUAGGGUUGGGAUGGACUGGGUUGGAUGGGUUGGGUUGGGUUAUGGUUGACUGGGCUGGGUUGGGUUGGGCUGGGUUAUAUUGGGCUCGACUGGUUUGGGUUGGGUUGGGUUAUAUUGGGUUGAAGGGGCCACAUCCAGCAGUGUCUGUGUGUGUGUAAUCCCUCUGUAUACAAGAAUGCAUUUAUUUAAUCAGAACUUAUCAGUAAACACACACACAAACACACACACGCACACACACACGCAUGCAUACAUGCAAGGACAUUCCGUAUACAGCGCAUGCGCACACACACAUGCUCAAAUAUGCAUCGUUACAUUCGUACACAUUCUUCCAGAACAACCGCUUACAUUCACACAGCAGGUGAUGCAACAUUCACACAGCAGGUGAUGCUUCACUCAACACAUGCUGUACGUAUGCCAGUGAGGUUAGACUGCCGUCUGCUGUCUGCUGUCCUCAUCCAGGUGCUGUUUCUUCAUUGUCGUGUUUUAACUUUGUCUAUUCCAGGGCCCUAUACUAAGAAACGCGGGUUUCAGGAGGAAACCAGGUGACGUUA